AUCAAACCGUCCCACAACACAUGCGUACAUCUCAAUCCCAAAAUUUCUAGGGUUUCAUUUUUUCUUCAAUCAAAAACCCCAAAAUUACACUUCCCAUCUUCACCAAUCGCACCCAACGCUCCCGCCACCGAUGUCCACCACCGUACAAAACAUCUCCGGCGACCUUCCGGCGCCCCCAGACCUCCUCAAAUCCCUCAACCUCCUCAAGUCCCACGCCUCCAAAGUUUCCAACUUUACCCUCCAAUGGCAGGACCUCGAAGACCACCUCCGCUCCAUCGACGCCUCCAUCCAAUCCAGAACCAACCAGCUCCUCCAAUCCAACCAAACCCAAUCGGAUUCCGAACCCAAUUCCGUACAGACCCGACCCGAUCGCCUCGGGGCUGAUGAUUCUUCCUUUGAAGGCUUGAAUUUCAAUGGCGUGAUGGUUAAAGACGGGGAGGCUCUGCUGGUGUAUAUGAACGAGCAUUUGAAUUUGAAUGAGAAGCAAUCGUCUCGAGAUUUUGUUGCUGAGUUGGUCUCGGCUUCUGUGGGGUGUGGGAAGAUUGUGCUUGAGGCAAUGCGGUGGUUUUAUCCGUCGGAGGAGUGGGAGUUGAGGUUUGAGCUGACUGAGCUGAGCGCCGUGAGGAGGAGCUGCGUGGUGUUGCUGGAGGAGAUGACUAGAGUGAGGCCUUUGGUUGGAGAUGAUGUGAGGGAGGAGGCGGCGAGGCUUGCGGUGGAGUGGAAGGGGAAGACUAGAAAUGGAGUGGUGAAUAGUCUGGAGGUUUGGGCUUUCUUGCAGCUUGUGGGUGGUUUUGGGUUGGUUGGUGAGUUUGAUAGGGAUGAGAUUUUUGAUAUGAUUGUUAGCGUGGCGGUUAGGAAACAGGCGCCCGAGUUGUUUAGGUCUCUUGGUUUCGCGGAUAGAGCCUCCGAGUUUAUUCAAAAGCUGGUAUCACAGAAGAUGCGACUUGAAGCCAUUAAAUUCAUUCAUGCAUUUGAAUUGCUUGACAAGUUCCCUCCUAUGCCCCUGCUUAAAGCUCAUUUGAAUUUUUCCAAGAAGGAUGCAAAGAUUAGUUGCAGGAGGGGGAAAGAUCCUCUUAAAGCAGAGGAUGCCGCCUUAGAUAAAGAAGCAGUGUCCCUGAGAGCUAUAAUACGAUGCAUUGAAAACUACAAGCUUGAAGUUGAACCACAGUUGUCUCCUGAAAACCUCAGGAAGCGCAUCAACCAGCUGAAAAAGCAGAGAAAAGAGCAACCUCCUCAAGUAACUCGUGUCAUUGAGGCUCAGGGGCAUCACUUGAGUGGAAAGAAACGUACUGCCUCUGAAGCUACGGCUCAACCCAAUAAGAACAGUAAUAAGCAUCACACUGCAGAUCCAGCUGUUGUUCGAAAUGCUUCUUUCAGAGCACCAACCACAGGACACUCAAUACACCCAUCUAUUCUUCGUUCGGUAGACUUGAUUCAGAGGCGAGGGUCAGAGUACUUUACACCAUCAGCUGGAAUGCCUCGACAAGGAGCAGAUGCUCCCCAUACUUCUUACGGCACCUUGAACUCAUUGCGAGCAUCUCAUUAUAAGCCAACAGGUUCGUACAAAGGUGAAGGUGCGGAAUAUGCUGCUCGAUACUAUGAUUCGGCAUACUCCAUUCCUGAUGGUCAUGUUGGCUUAUCAGCUGGGCGUUUCGGGCUAGCCAGUUCUUCUCCUACCACCCAUACCCAGCAAACCACAUUGACAGGUGGAGCCUAUGAAUUGAUAGGCUCUUCUCCUAUUACCCGUGCGCAGCACACCACUCAGCAUAUGAACUCAACAACUGCUUCCUAUGGAUUGGUGGGCAGUACUUCUGUGACUUCACAGUUGAGUCCAUUAACCAAGCGGUAUGGGGCAAGUACUAUGACUGUAAAUGGGAGGUCUGGGCAGUUCGGAUUAGCAGGAAACCCUCCCCCAGCACGCCUAACCAAUGUGAGUCCGAAUUCUUAUGUUUUAGGUGAUUCACUGAGAAGGGCUGAUCACAAGGAGAGGCUAGUUUCUUCAAAUAGCGCCUAUGGUACACAUAGUGAUCAGUACCAGCCAUCCAUUUAUCACCUUUAGCUUAGUUCUAUACUGGCAUUACUUCAUAAGAACAGAAUUUCUUUGCUUGCUGGUAUUUGUAAUAUGAGUUAGACGCAGGUCCGUGUUAUACAGAUUGUUGAAUAUUAGAAUGAGUUAAGAGUUCUUUAUUAAUUUGAGUAACUGGUCACUACCCCAAAAGCAAUAAGAGUAACAUAAGUAUGAAAUUAUGUUUUUUGAG